AUGCCGUUGGACAAAGUGACUAUACUGGACGAAGCUAUCAAAUACAUGAAACAACUUCAAGAACGUGUAAGAGAACUAGAGAAAGAUCCAUCACUGACAGCCGUAAAGAGAAUUGAGUGUUGUGAGAAUGACGACGACUUCUAUGAGGUCAAUGAAGAACUGCCUAAGAUUGAGGUUAGAGUUGCAGAGAACCAAAUGUUUAUGGGAAUCCAUUGCGAGAAACAGAAGGGCAUUGAGUUCAAAAUAUUGAGUUUGCUUGAGAAUUUUCACCUCUCUGUCUCCAGUAGCAGCGUCUUGCCAUUUGGAAAAUCCACUCGUAGCAUUACUAUUAUUGCGCAAGUAGCGAUGUGCAAAUAA